AUGAAUUAUUUUUAUUGUCUUGCUUUUCUAAUCAUUUAUCUUGGAAAUUUUAUCGGUUGUCAAAGUCAACGAACGAAUAUUGCUAAUCAAGGUCUUUACAGUAGUAUUAGCAUUUCAUGUACAGAUGGUAAUUGUCGUCACCAUGCAACAAUCAUCGCUGGAAGUAUACUAGGCGGUGGUGUUGGAAUCAUUUUCUUGCUGAUUAUUUUCGCGCUGUGUUGGAAACAUUGUAAAGGUCGUCCGUUGAAAACAAAUCCGAAAUUUAUUCAGUCAACCAAUCAAAGAUAUUCUCAAGAUAAUUCGACAGACGAUACGCUUUUCAAAUCAGGUAUUUGGUCGAGUCGACACAUUCAAGAUGGACUCUGGUAUGGAUUCCAUCGUUUAACACUCACGUUUGAUCCUCAAUUAUGUAAAGUGACAGGUUCAGGAUCAGACAACAACGGCGUUUUUCUUCUCGACGGAGUUUAUUCGCUGGCAACUAAACGUAUGGGUUUAGUGAAAACGUAUCAGAUGGAACUUAGCAAGCGAUCUGAAGAUUUGAAAUAUCAAAUGUUAGUUCAAUUGGUGUGGAAUGCGAAAAGCAGUCAAUUCGAAGGUAAAUGGUAUAUACGAACAAAAUCAUAUAGUGGUGAAAAUAAAUUUCAACUAAAAUUCACGUCACAACAACAAUCUCAUCCUUGUAAAACUGUUUAA